UUAAUAGUACCAAACGGACCUACCAAACGUACGUAGAGUCAUUUAGGGGGAUUAGCAUUGUUGGUGAAAGAAACGUGGAAAACUAGCUUAUGCUAGUUGACGAAUUGCUUCCAAACACUCUCGCUCUUCAUCUACUCUCGAAUCAAUCUCUCACUCCAGCACUAUAUGUAUCGAUUCUGAGAUAAAGAAGCAGAGUAGAGUUGUAAAAAAGUCCUGUGACCUCGCUCCAAUGGCGUCUCAGAGUGUAAUUGGGUUCGUUGGCUUGGACCAACUGAGCUUGCAAUUGGCCUCCUCACUCCUUCGCUCUGGCUAUGCCGUACAAGCCUUUGAGACAUGCAGUCCUCUGCUGGAUGAGUUUACCAAUCAAGGCGGGAUUAGAUGCGCCUGUCCCGUAGAAGCUGGGAAAGAUGUUGUAGCUUUGGUUGUAUUGAUAUCUCAUGCAGAUCAAAUAAAUGACCUACUUUUUGGUCAUGAGAGUGCUUUAAAAGGGUUACGCAAAGAUGCUGUCAUCAUUCUCCAUUCAACCAUACUACCUGCUCAUAUACAGAAGCUCGAGAAGCGACUCACAGAGGAUUUGGAGAGAGUUUUUGUAGUUGAUAUAUAUGUCUCUAAGGGAAUGUCAGAGGUUUUGAAUGGCAAAAUAAUGAUUAUUUCAUCAGGACAGUCAGAUGCCAUUACAAGGGCACGCCCUAUUCUCUCUGCUAUGAGUGAGAGACUUUAUGUUUUUGAGGGGGCACUUGGUGCCGGAAGCAAAAUUAAAAUGGUAAUAGAGCUGCUUGAGGGCAUUCAUUUUGUUUCUUCUGUGGAGGCCAUUUCUCUUGGUGCCCAAGCUGGUAUUCAUCCAUGGAUGAUUUAUGACAUUAUUUCUAAUGCUGCUGGAAAUUCAUGGGUUUUCAAGAAUCAUGUUCCCCAGUUGCUAAGGGAUAAUCAAACCAAACAUCUCCUGAAUACUUUUGUUCAAAAUUUGGGUAUUGUUUUGGAUAUGGCCAAAUCAUGUACAUUUCCUCUUCCACUUCUGGCAGUUGCUUGUCAACAACUAAUAGCAGGCUCUUCUCACGGUCAUGGAAAUGAUGGUGAUGACACAUUGAUCAAGGCUUGGGAGAAAGUAUAUGGGGUGAACAUUACCAAUGCUGUCAAUGCAGAAACUUAUAGCCCUGAGGAACUGGCAAAUCAAAUAACUACUGAAUCAAAAUCUGUAAACCGAAUUGGUUUUAUUGGUCUUGGAGCAAUGGGGUUUGGCAUGGCAACUCACCUGCUGAGAUCAAAUUUCUGCGUUAUUGCUUAUGAUGUGUAUAAACCGACAUUAUCUCAGUUUGCAAAUGAGGGUGGCUUGAUUGGGAGCUCUCCAGCUGAAGUAUCCAAAGAUGUAGAUGUUCUUGUAAUCAUGGUCACAAAUGAAGCUCAAGCCGAAAGUGUUCUAUAUGGAGAUCUUGGUGCUGUGUCAGCCCUUCCAUCUGGAGCAUCUGUCAUCAUUUCAUCCACUGUUUCUCCCGCAUAUGUCAGCCAGCUAGAGCGACGUUUGCAAAAUGAACCCAAGGAUUUGAAGUUGGUGGAUGCUCCCGUUUCUGGUGGUGUUAAGAGGGCCUCCAUGGGUACACUUACGAUAAUCGCAUCUGGUACAGAUGAAGCUCUUAAGCAUUCUGGUUCUGUUCUCUCAGCAUUAAGUGAGAAGCUAUAUGUUAUCAAAGGAGGUUGUGGAGCCGGAAGUGGUGUAAAGAUGGUUAAUCAACUGCUUGCUGGAGUUCAUAUAGCAUCAGCAGCUGAGGCAAUGGCAUUUGGGGCUCGACUUGGUCUUAAUACAAGACUGUUGUUUGAUGUCAUCACAAAUAGUGGAGGAACGUCAUGGAUGUUUGAGAAUCGGGUUCCGCACAUGGUGGACAAUGAUUAUACGCCAUUAUCUUCACUUGAUAUAUUUGUGAAGGAUCUGGGCAUUGUUUCUCGUGAAUGCUCAUACCGCAAAGUUCCACUACAUAUUGCUACUGUUGCAUACCAGCUGUUUUUAUCAG